AUGACACUGCACAAUGCCCUGACGCUAGCAUUGGGCUUUGGCACAGUGAUGGGACAUGAGAUCCAAUCACCAAGUACCACGUCUUUGAAGGUGAUUACUGCUCUCGAGUAUGGCAACGACACGCUCUGGAGCUCUGGUCAUGCUCUCCCUCAGUCCAGGUACGCAGGUAUACCUCUCGAUUCUCCAGUCGAAGGAGGGUCUGUAUCAGGCACGCGGAUAUAA